AUGGAAUUUGUGCAUCGUAGAUGGAUGUAUAAUAGGAAUCAUCCUAAUCGUGCGGGGUUGAGCGAUGAAUUUAUUGAAGGGGUUGCUGAAUUUAUUGCUAAGGCUCAAACACUUGAUGAUUUUAUUAUUGGAGGAGGAUUAGACGAAGUUAAAGUCCAUCUCUACAAGAAAGGGUUUGUAGAAAUUUAUUAUAUAUGGACUGCUCACGGGGAGAAUCAUGAUAGUUUAGAUGAUGCUAACUUUCAUAAUUCUUUUGGUGGUGAGGGUAUCCCCAUUUCGGAGCAUAAUGUUGAAAAUUCUCGAUACAAUGAAAUGAUGAGGGAUGCUUUUGGGACGUUUCCUGGGGUUCAAUCCGAACUAAAUGAUGAGGCUAAGCGUUUCUAUGGACAGUUACUAGAAGCUAGUCGUCCAUUGUAUGAAGGUUCGGUGCAUUCCAAGUUGUCUGUUGCGGUUAGAUUGCUAAGUAUUAAAUCGGAUAGAUCUAUUUCCCAAGCGGGCAUGGAUUCUAUUAUUGGGCUUAUGAAUAAACUUAAUCCGAGUAACAUUGACUUACCAAAAGAUUUCUACACUGCUAAAAAAUUGGUUUCUAAGUUGGGUCUUUCAUCAGAGAGAAUUGAUUGUUGUGAGAAAGGUUGCAUGUUAUUCUAUAAGGAUGACGCAUCUCUAGAGAACUGUCCACGCAAUCCGAAAAGUUUGAUUUAUGUAUACUUGCAGCCUUUGAUUGAUGAGUUACAAUUAUUAUGGCAUCAAGGUGUGGAAACAUAUGAUAUAUCAACCAAACAAAACUUCAGAUUGCAUGUUGCUUUGAUGUGGACUAUAAAUGAUUUUCCUGCUUAUGGAAUGUUGUCCGGGUGGUCGACUGCUGGAAAGUUAGCUUGCCCUUGUUGUAUGGAAGACACUAAAGCAUUUACUUUGAAACAUGGAGGUAAAAAUACAUGGUUCGACUGCCACCAUAGAUUCUUGCCAAUGAAUCAUGAAUUUAGGCGAAAUACAAGUGCAUUAAUGAAGAACCGAACUGAUUUUGAGGAGCCACCAGCCUGCUUGUGUUCAGAAAAAAUUUGGAACAGAGUAAGGGAUAUGCCUAAAGUAACAGAGUCUCCACCAUCUAAGAUACCAGGUUAUGGUGUCACACACAACUGGACUAAACGGAGCAUAUUUUGGGAAUUACCUUAUUGGAAGCACAAUCUUCUUCGGCAUAAUCUGGACGUCAUGCAUAUCGAGAAGAAUUUUUUUGACAACUUGUUUAACACUAUUAUGGAUGUUACUAACAAGACCAAAGAUAACUUGAAGGCCAGGAUGGACUUAAAGGAAUAUUGUAGGCGAAGUGAGUUGAAUCUGACAUACUUUAACAACAAGAUACAGAAGCCCAAAGCCAGUUACACGUUCAGCUUGGAUGAGAGAAGAGAGAUUUGUAGUUGGGUUAACAAUUUGAGGAUGCCUGAUGAUUAG